AUUUUCGGCCACAGAGAAAAGUCUAAGCUUAUUAUCAAAAUUAUAAAGUAUGGGAAUAUGCCCAUAAAACCGAGUCAUAACGUCGGCUGUAUUCGAUUUCUGCUCGGCCGUAAUAAUGUGCGAAGAAGCCUGCAGAGCAUUCGUACAUUUCAGCUGAGGCACUGCCCUAGUCCGAUCCUGAAGAAGCUUCACGAGCAUCGCCGUUUGCAGCACCGCCAGCUAGGGGUCGAGGAUGAUAUCAAAUGGAUCUUUCAGUUGGAAGUUUUGCGCGCUAGGGACUCGAAGAAACUGUCACUGCCACUGCUCAUCUACAUGUACAGUCCAUGGAAGUAUAUGGCCAACAAGGCCAACAUGUUGAAGCUGAAGCUGUUGUGGGACUGGACAUUUGCCGAAGCGAGAUUCGUGGAGAACUCGAAGAAGGCGGCCGUCGUCAUCACAGAAAUCAUACGUCAAAAGGAUCCCAAUCACAUAGCCCGUUGCACCACGCCACUGGGCUUCAAGCAAAUAAAGCACGACCUAGCAGAUGAGACGGAGAACACGCCCCUGCAACUUAUGCGCUUCCAGCGGCAGCACAUAAAACGCGCCAUUCCGGUCACAGUCCGGCUGAUGCGUCACUAUGAUCACAAGUUCGCCUUCAUCGACAUGGUUUUUGUAGGGCUGCGACGCACGAUCGAUUUCGAAUCAAAGGAGGACCAAGAAGUGGAGCGUCAGAUACAAGAGUUGAAUUUUCAGCAAACAGAAGCAGCUGGCGAGCUCCCAGUUCCGCAUCCCGUUGUGUUCGCCGAGAUCUUCGUUAGAUUUCGACGCGACUACUCGGUGAAGCCAAAGGGUGUGGAGAGAGCGCAGGACAUCGGAUGUCCCGGCCAGUGGCUUGUCUCAAACUAUAAGAUACUAAAUUUUAACGUGCUCAACUUCGAUCCGGAAUACCAGAGUUCUAACGCCAAAGUCUACGAUGUCUGAAAGUAGGAAGUAACUAGAAAUUAAAAAUGCAACCUUUCACUGUGGCUUUGGCGUGCAACGUAAAAAUAAAAUAUCUGUUCGUUUUAAGAAGAAA